UCUGUUGGUCAUCAUGCUGAGCUGCAGACAUCUGAUUGGCCAGCUGCGCUACGCGAGCAACAACAGCGGCCGACUCAUUACAGCUAAAAUCUUGGAUCAGCGCUAUAUUGAAUUGAGACCAACCAACGACGAGCGUCCUUUGAAGUUUCCUAGCAUUUGGUUGCGCGAUAAUUGCCAAUGCUCCGAGUGCUUUCAUGGUGCGACACGGGCACGCAAAAGCCACUGGGAACGUGGACCAUUAUCGCAUGCAGCAGCCCAGGCUGUACAUUUUGAUGAGCACCGGCAGCAGCUGGUGAUCAAUUGGCAGGAUGCUCACAACUCUAGCUACGAUUUGGAGUGGCUGCAGCAACGUGACUUCAGUCCAGAGGCGAGGCAACGUUAUCUUUCGGAGGUCUAUAAGCCGACUAUGCAGCUGUGGGGCAAGUCACAGUUUGGCAAAGUAACACGCGAAUUUCGCUGCGAGGAUGUCAUGGCGCAGGAUGCAGUAUUGUGCGCUUGGCUGGAGGCAUUGGCUGUGCAGGGAUUUGCACUGUUGCGUGAGGCGCCCAACGAUGUGCAGGUGGCACGACGGCUGGCAGAACGCAUUGGUUACAUCAAGCGCACCACUUACGGCGAUGUAUUUGAGGUCAAGUCUAAACCCAAUGCCGGCAACUAUGCGUAUCUGAUGACGCCGCUGCCGAUGCACACAGAUAUGCCGUACUAUGAGUACAAGGCGGGCAUUAACAUACUGCACACGUUGGUGCAGUCGGAGUCACCCGGUGGCGCCAAUACCAUGACCGAUGCCUUCUUUGUGGCCCAGCGGUUGCGCGAGGAAUUCCCCAAGUACUAUGAGCUAUUGCGCAGCGUGCCCGUCAAUUGGUAUGACAUUGGACACGAUGGCGAUGCAGGCAAACCAUUCCAUAGUUUGUGGCGUGGACCUGUUAUCUGCUUGGAUGUCGAUGGGCAAUUUGCACGCAUCAAUCAAAACACCACGAAACGGGAUAGCCGGUUUACUGUGCCUCUGGAACUCGUGGUGGAUUGGUAUGAAGCAUAUGAUAAAUUUCUACAGUUGGUGCAAGAGGAGUCGGUCCAAUUUAAGACACGGGCAGGCGAUGUCUUUGUGUUCAACAAUCUUCGAAUGCUGCAUGGACGCACUGCGUACGAGGAUUCGCCACAAAAUAAGCGACACUUGGUGGGCGCCUAUGUGGACUGGGAUAUUAUUUAUUCUAAACUGCGUACGCUCAAGUUUCCAAAUGCCAAGGAUUAAAAAUGUAAUGUUGUGUAUAUAGUAUAAAAAACUUGCGUA